GAGGAGAGGGGAGAUCUUGCAAGAAGAGCAUAUGCCUCGCAAAGUUCCCAACCCAGCCGUUCCCUCCAAUAUUCUCCUCCCCCGACGGAAUAUCCCCGCAAUUCCAACCCAAGCCCGUCUUCUUCUUCCUCCCCAACUUAUAUACGCAACGGCGAGCUCGCCAUCUUCCUUGCUCCAACACAUACACGCACGCGCAACGUAUACGCUUACACAAACGCAUAGCGAAGCGAAAGAUUGCUCUUUUGUUCCUGGUCGCGGCGGAUGGUGGCGGCGGCAAUGGCGAUUGGCGAGAAGGAGAUCAAGGAUGACCUGGAGGAGGCACCCCCGCUACUCCUGGACGAGGCCGCGCGCCCGCGCCGCGUCGCGCUCUUCGUCGAGCCGUCGCCGUUCGCCUACAUCUCUGGGUAUAAGAACUGGUUCCAGAACUUCAUCAAACACUUGCGUGAAAUGGGGGAUGAGGUCAUUGUUGUGACUAACCAUGAGGGAGUUCCUCAAGAAUUUCAUGGCGCCAAGGUUAUUGGUUCAUGGAGCUUCCCAUGUCCCAUGUAUGGAAAAGUCCCUCUUUCGCUGGCACUCAGUCCUAGGAUCAUAUCAGAGGUUGCAAAGUUCAAACCUGACAUUAUUCAUGCAUCUUCACCUGGAAUUAUGGUUUUUGGGGCUCUUGCUAUUGCUAAGCUGCUCAGUGUCCCCCUAGUGAUGUCCUACCACACCCAUGUCCCAGUAUACAUACCAAGAUAUACCUUUAGCUGGCUUGUAGAGCCUAUGUGGCAAAUCAUAAGAUUCCUUCAUAGAGCUGCUGAUUUAACUUUGGUGCCAUCUGCUGCUAUCAGCAAGGAUUUUGAAACUGCCCAGGUUAUAUCAGCGAACAGAAUACGCCUUUGGAACAAAGGUGUUGAUUCUGCAAGCUUUCAUCCUAAAUUUCGCAGUCAUGAGAUGCGAGCUAGGCUAAGUGAUGGUGACCUUGAAAAACCACUGAUAAUUCACGUUGGACGUUUUGGGCGCGAGAAAAAUUUGGAUUUUCUAAAGAUGGUAAUGGAUAGGCUGCCUGGAGUAAGAAUUGCCUUUAUCGGUGAUGGACCAUACAGGACCGAGCUAGAGAAGAUGUUUGAGGGGAUGCCAGCAGUGUUCACCGGAAUGAUGCAAGGCGAGGAGCUCUCGCAGGCGUACGCCAGUGGUGACGUUUUCGUCAUGCCGUCAAGAGUCCGAAACGCUACCUUACUACAACAGCUUAGGAUGUUCACUUCUAUCACCACAUACAACCCCAAUUUACUAUAA